AUGGAUGGCAGUAAAAAGUGUGCAAUGGAAAGUGCAAAAAAGCAGAAAAUAUCCGAAACAGACGAAGAGUGCGCAGAAUUUAUGAAAAAGUUCAACUUUAGCUUGUAUGAAGGACAGAAGCAGUUUGUGAAAGACGCGGUCAGAAUAAUAAACAGAAAUGGUCUUGCAGCUCUUGAAAGCCCAACUGGCACGGGAAAAACUCGCUCCAUUCUUCUGGCCGCAAUGUACUACACAAAAAACAGCUAUUUUCUCCCAGAAGGCAUAUCCCAGGAGAACAUGGCUCUACUGAGAGAUCUGUACAGCAAAAGCACCAAGCACGUGGUCUAUGCAUGCCGAACACACAGCCAGCUUGAGCAGGUUAUUUCAGAGCUGAAAUAUUUGAACAAAAUGGGAAAUAUGAGCGUAAAAGGAGUGGUUCUUGGCUCAAGGAAACAAACAUGCAUCAAUCCCAGAGUCAACACAUCAAAAGACAUAAACAAUCUGUGCCGUCUCCUCGUUAAAGACAAAAAGUGUGUAUAUUACAACAAUCUUAAAAAGCCAGUGGAGAGCAAAAAAACAGAAAUAUCGAUAGAAAAAGCCGUAGCACUGGGAAAGGAGUGCGGUGUGUGUCCCUACUUCUACCUGAAGAAACAGGCAGCAAGUGCUUCUAUUAUCAUUCUCCCGUACUCUCUACUGCUAAAACGAGACUUCUUCAAAGAGAUAGGGAUAAACAAGGCUGAAACUGUGCUGGUCAUAGAUGAAGCACAUAAUCUAUACAAUGCCGUGCUAGAAGAGUACACUGUGCAAAUUCUGUAUGCUGAUGUGGAAAAGAUGCUUCCUUUCUACAGGAGUUAUAUGGAUAAGGCGAGCGGUUUGUUUAAAACUGAGCUGCUAGAACUGUACAUGUUUAUUGAAGGAUUGUGUGGAUACAUUGAGAAAACAAAAAAGGAAAUAGAAAUAAGCUCAGAAAGUAAGAGCGUAAAAGAAAAAAGCAAAAUACUCAAUGUAAAUAAAUUUCUGCUAGAAUGCGAGAUAGAUCACAUCAAUCUACUAGAUACAGCAGAAACACUGAACAAAUACACACUGGCCAGCCGCAUAUUCCCAAUACGAAGUGAAAAUGUGCAAAAUGAAAAUGAAGACACUCUCAACCGUAUAGGGAAAUUGUGCAAACUGUUGGGAGAGUGCGAGAGAAACAGCUACAUUGUGAUGGACGGAGCAGCAAUUUCUUUCAAGAACAUAUACCCCGCAGAGUAUCUGACAUACCUAGAAGACAUAAAGAGCAUCAUCACAGUUGGAGGGACGCUUUACCCUUGCACAGACAUAAAGCUUUUGUUUGACAGAGAGGUAGUCCAAAAGUCCUAUCCAGCGGUGUGCAAAAAUAUAAAAGUGGAUAUUUGCACAGACUAUCUAUUUACAUACAGCGACAGAACAGAAAAACUUUUGCAUGCAUACGAUCUGGCAAAAACAUACCUCAAAAGCAUAUCCAAUGGAGGCGUGCUAGUUUUUGUGCAGUCAAAAGACGCAAUGUCAAGGCUAAAAGAAGAACUUAAUAAAAGAGCAGAAAGAGAGGAUGUGCCAACAGAAAGCGUGUUGUUUGAGGGUGAUAUGCCACUAGAACACUAUAAAAAAGUCAUAGACAGCGAAAGAAAAGCCAUCAUGUUCUGUGUCAUGGGAGGUAAUUUCAGCGAAGGAAUCAACUUCGGAGACGAUCUUUGUCGGAUACUGAUUGUGUGCGGAAUUCCACUGCCAAAGCCAACGAAUGAAACAGCGCUCAUAGAAAAGCACAGAGGAUCAGAGUACUACAUUGAAAAGGGCAUGCAAACAGUAAAUCAGACCAUAGGAAGAGCUGUCCGCAGCAAAAAUGACUACAGCUAUGUCGUAUUGCUUGAUAAAAGAUUUGUAAAAUACAAAACAAAACUGUCUCCAUGGCUGCAGCCACACAUAAACAUUACAAACAGCAGAAAUACCCUGGAAGACAUACCUGCGCAGCUUAGAAGAUGGAAUCUAGAAAACAAAGAACAAAGAUCCAGAGAGUAA